AGUAAUGAACUUCUUUCGAAGCCUAGACCUACAAACUCCAUUUGUUUUUCCAGCAUGGCGUGCAUAUGCACGUCAUCAUAUUGGUGCUCAAAUCGUGCAUAGGAAGGCACAGGUAUCCCUCAAAUACUGAUGCACGGAAGUGCCAUGGGCCAUCAAUGGGAGCAAGAGGCAUUCAACCGAUCGAGUUGACUUUCUUGUCGAGCAUAGGCGUCUUCUUCGCUCGCUCCAAGUGAUUUCUCCUUCCCUGCUGGUCGUGGCCUCUGUUCCAGUUGCUCUACCAUCCGGUUGGGAGGUCCUCGCCACCACUCUUCUGCAAAUGAACUUGUUGCUCAAGACGGUUAAGGGGAGAAGGUCCAAGAGACGGAGAUGCCCGGCGGCCAACCUCACCGAUGACCUUGUUGUUGACAUCCUCUCUCGCCUCCCUGCCAGAUCAGUCUGCCGCUUCAAGUGCGUGUCCACGACAUGGCGGGACCUCAUCUCGCACCCUGUCCACCGUUUGAAGCUUCCUCAAACCUUGGCUGGCUUCUUCACAAGGCAUGACAGUGAGACUGGGCUGUGGUUAGUUCCCCAUUUCACCAAUGUCUCUGGCAGAGGUCUUCCGUUGGUCUCCCCUUCGCUUGACUUCCUGCCAAUCCACAAACACAUUUAUCUCUUGGACAGCUGCAAUGGCCUUCUCCUCUGCAAAUGUUGGCCUACCACGGAAUUGGAUAUGCCAGAUUACCAUCAGUUUGUGUGUAAUCCUGCCACCAAGGAGUGGGUCGCAUUAUCGGAUUGUGCCGACGGAUGGCGGGGUUCACGUCUGGGUUUUAAUUCAACUGUGCCACCCCACUUCUACGUGUUUGAGUUCUUUAGAGACUAUGGGCACUUACCCCCCUUGUUCGCUGGAGUGGAGGUGUAUUCAUCUGAAACUGCAGGGCGGGUUCGUAUGGAAUAUGAACUGGAUAAUGAUUUUACUCUUUUUGAUUCUAGGUUGCCAACUGUCUUUUUUAAUGGCUGUCUGCAUUAUCUCACAAACAAGGCUUUUGUAGCCGUGGUGGACACCGAGGGGAAAGCUUGCUGAAACAUACCUGUCCCUGUCCCUGGUGAGCAGGAGUUUGGUUUCAUUCAGUUGUCCCAAGGACGUUUGCAUUAUGCCAAUUUUGAGGUAGACCAUGAAGAUGAGGUGGUUCGACUAGUAGUUUACGUUCUUGAGGACUAUGACAGGCAACAAUGGACAUUGAAGCAUACCGCUGAAGCCUCACAUGUAGUUGGAUCACAUGGUUUAUUUGAACCUGGAUGGAUAAGUUAUAUUAAUCUUGGAGAGAAGUUCGAGUGGGUUGCAGUUCAUCCAGACUGUAACAUGAUCUUCUACACUGUUGAGCCGGAUAAAACAUUGAUGUCCUACGAUAUGGAUCAUCGGCAAGUCCAAGAGAUCUGUACUCUUGGAGAGGACACUCGGGAGACAUAUCUUCCAUACGUGCCAUUGUUCUCAGAGUUACAAGCUUUGCACACAUGACACAUAGGUUAUUGGUGCCUUUAUACCAAGUGGAUCCUCAGUAGGAGUUGAUUCUUCUUGCCAUGUGGCAGUGGGCUUGGCAUGCCUACCUGCUUUUGUUUUUGGAGCAAUGUUGGUUCAUUCUAGAGCUAACUUGGCUAAUGCU